AUGAACACCGCACCCACCCGCCCACCUACACACCACACCCUCCCACCCAAGGGGAAUCACCCCUUCUCACCCAUCCCACCCAAGGGGAUUCACCCCUUCCUCCUCACCCAUCCCACCCAAGGGGAUUCACCCCUUCCUUCUCACCCAUUCCACCCAAGGGAAUUCACCCCUCCCUUCUCACCCAUCCCACCCAAGGGGAUUCACCCCUUCCUUCUAACCCAUCCCACCCAAGGGGAUUCACCCCUUCCUUCUCACCCAUCCCACCCAAGGGGAUUCACCCCUUCCCUCUCACCCAUCCCACCCAAGGGGAUUCACCCCUUCCUUCUCACCCCUCCCACCCAUGGGGAUUCACCCCUUGUGCAUCCACGGCCCAUCCCAGUCCAUGCCUUCCAUGUCGUGCCCAAGCUAAGUGUCACAGCUAAGUGCCUGCACUUAUGUCGUGCCAUGCCUGCUCCCUGCAUCCACGCUCUCCUUCUUCCUGCGCGUUGUCACACUGAAGAGAUCUCCCUCCCCCAAGGUAGCAGGCCUUCACAAGCUAGGGGGAGGGCAGCAGGCGAGCAGCAGGCGAGGGGAGCACCAGGGCGGGCAGCAGGAGCGUGGGCAGCGGGGCAGCAGCGCCGGCCUCAUCAACGGUUGAGGUUGGAGUAUCGCCCCUGCCACCACACUCCACUCGAGCCCACUCCCCCUCAGGUUCAGGUGCUGUUGGGCCUGCAGCUUGUGGCCGUGCCUCAACCAGUGGCUCCUCCUCCCUUCCCUUGUGCUGGAUUUCAAGUCACAGUUUCCCAUUCAGCUUGCUCCCACCACCACGCUUUGACUAGCUCUGUGUGCGCGUUGCAGGUGGCAGGGAGGGGUGUGGGGUCAACACCGACGCUCCUUCACGCCCCUCCCCUGUGGCCGUGCAGGGAGGAGGCACCUGGAGGAGGGCUGCUGUGGAGGGAGGCAGCUGGUGGUGCUGCAGCUGCCUUGAGCUCGCCCUCACGCUAUCAUCUAAGUGCCUCCACCUGGUGUAGUUCCUCCACCAGGUGCCUCCACCUGGUGUCUGCAGCUGGUGGCCGUGCCUCCACCAGUGGCCGGGAGGGGUGUGGGGUCAACACCGACGCUCCCUCAUGCCCCUCCCCUGUGGCCGUGCAGGUGGCAGUGGUGGGAGGGGAGGGGGGACUCCACUCGGAUGGGAUGGGAUGGGAUGGGAGAGUAUCGGGAUGGGGUCGUCUGGAACAAGGUGAGCCUCUUUUCCCUCCUGCACUCAUGCUGUUGCUUGGUCGUCUCCCCAUGUUCACUUCCCUCUCUUGCUUUCGCCUUGCCUUCACUCUUCUUUCCAUUCUGACUGCUGUCCCUUGA